AUGCCUGUUGGAACAGUUCUCGUCUGCGGCGGCACGGGCUACAUUGGCUCCUUCACGACCCUCUCGCUCCUCGACCACGGCUACGAUGUCGUCAUUGUCGACAGCCUGUACAACUCGUCCAAGGUCGCCGUCGACCGCAUCGAGCUGAUCAGCGGCAAGCGUCCCGACUUUUACCAGGUCGACAUCACCGACGAGGCCGCCCUCGAUGCCGUCUUCCAGAAGCACCCCGCCAUCGACAGCGUCAUCCACUUUGCCGCGCUCAAGGCCGUCGGCGAGUCGGGCGAGAUCCCCCUCGACUACUACAGGGUCAACGUCUCGGGCACGAUCAACCUGCUGCGCGGCAUGAAGAAGAACGACGUGCCCAACAUUGUCUUCUCGUCGUCGGCCACGGUCUACGGCGACGCCACGCGCUUCGAGAACAUGAUCCCCAUCCCCGAGCACUGCCCGCUGGGCCCCACCAACACGUACGGCCACACGAAGCACAUGGUCGAGCAGAUCAUCACCGACCACAUCGCCGCCGAGCGCCAGCGCGCCACCAAGGACGGCAAGCCCGCCGAGCGCUUCAACGGCGCCCUCCUCCGCUACUUCAACCCCUGUGGCGCCCACCCCUCGGGCCUACUCGGCGAGGACCCCCAGGGUGUGCCCUACAACCUGCUGCCGCUGCUGGGCCAGGUCGCCACGGGCCAGCGCGACAAGCUGCUCGUCUUUGGCGACGACUACGACUCCAAGGACGGCACCGCCAUCCGCGACUACAUCCACGUCGGCGACCUCGCCCAGGGCCACGUCGUCGCCCUCAACUACCUGCGCGACCACAACCCCGGCGUCCGCGCCUGGAACCUCGGCUCCGGCCGCGGCAGCACCGUCUACGACAUCAUCAAGGCCUUUAGCAAGGUCGUCGGCCGCGACCUGCCCUACGAGGUCCGCCCCCGCCGCCAGGGCGACGUACUCAACCUCACCGCCAACCCCGAGCGCGCCAACAAGGAGCUCAACUGGAAGACCGAGCAGACCAUGGAGAAGGCCUGCGAGGACCUGUGGCGCUGGGUCGAGAACAACCCCCAGGGCUACCGCCAGGACCCGCCCCCGGAGUUGCUCGCCAACGCCAACGCCAUUGGCACGAAAUAG